CUAAAAGAUAAUGACUUUCUCAAUAUAGGACCAUAUGUUUUUAUUUCCCAAUGUAGGAUCAUUGGUCAUUAUCUAUUAGUCAUUAUUCAACGUCACUACCCAACACAAGCUUCUUGUGAUAGUUGUCAUGAUCAGGUGGGUGAAACAUAGGAGAGCUGCGAGUGGCAACACACAAAUCCGGUGGAGGAAACUAAGUCGGGAGAAUAUCUCUGAGUUGAUCAGGCGAGUGCAAGAGAAAGGUGUGUGGGAAUCGGCCGGAGAGGCUACCGAUAUGUGGGCGCGGACUGCUAACUGCAUCAAGGAAACAGCCAGGGAAGUGUUAGGUGUGAGCUCUGGCUCUGGGAGUAGGCGUCAGGGUGAUUGGUGGUGGAGCGAUUCAGUUCGAAGUAAGGUGGAAGCUAAGAAAGUGGCGUAUUUGAGGUACAUGGGCUGCAAUGUUGAGGAGGAAAGAGCGGCUUUACGAGUGGAGUACAAGAAGGCACGUAAAGAAGCUAAGUUAGAGGUUACGAGGGCAAAGAAUGCCGCUUUUGAGCUCCUCUUCAAGGAUAUUGAGGAGAAAGGCAGUGUUAAUCCACUGUUCCAGCUUGCUAAGGUGCGUGAGAGGAAGGCCCGAGAUCUGGAUCACGUGAGAUGUGUGAAGGGCAGCGAUGGUAGAGUGUUAGUUGAGACUGCCAAGGUGGCUAAGCGCUCGGGGGAGUACUUUAGUGAACUCUUGUGUAUUGCCGGCGCAUUGGCCUGGAAGAGGUGGUUCGAGCCCUCCGCGGGAUGCGUAGUGGGAGAGCUUUGGGACCAGAUGAGAUUCCGGUGGAGUUUUAGAAGCAUGCGGGUCGUGGUUUGGGAGCGAAUCAUUGAGUAUAGGGUGCGGAAAGGGGUUUGCAUCUCUGAGAACCAGUUUGGUUUCAUGCCUGGCAGAUCGACUACGGAGGCCAUUCAUCUCGUGAGGAGGUUAAUGAAAGAGUAUUGGGCUAGGAAGAAGGACCUUCAUAUGGUGUUUAUUGACCUUGAAAAGGCGUACGAUAGGGUGCCAAGGGAGGGGUCUGCCCUUAGCCCUUUUUUGUUCGCCUUGGUGAUGGACGUCCUAACUCAAGGUGUUCAAGAAGGGGUCCCAUGGUGCAUGCUUUUCGCGGAUGAUAUUUUGCUUAUCGACGACAUACGGGAGGGACUAAACGAUAAGUUGGAACUAUGGCACCUUGCCCUUGAGACUAAAGGAUUCAGAAUAAGUAGGAACAAGACUGAAUACAUGGAAUGUCGUUUUAGCGGCCGGGAAACAGAAUCAGAAGUGGAAGUUAGGAUUGACUCCCACCUAGUACCUAAGGUAGACAGGUUUCGAUAUCUUGGCUCGGUAAUCCAGGCUGAUGGGGAGUUAGAUGGGGAUGUUGGACAUCGUGUUGGAGUGGCUUGGGCCAAAUUACGGUUAGCUUCAAGGGUGUUGUGUGAUUCAAAGAUUUCGCCCAGGAUGAAAGGUAAGUUCUAUCGAUCCGUAGUCAGACCUGCUAUGUUAUGUGAGGUAGAGUGUUGGGCGGUUAAGAAGACUCAUGUGCGUCGUCUGCAUGCGGCGGAGAUGCGGAUGUUACGAUGGAUGUGUGGGAAGACAAGGUUGGAUAUUAUUUCGAACGAAGUUCUCCGACGUCAGGUAGGCAUGGUGCCGAUGGAAGAUAAAUUGCGGGAAACAAGGUUGAGAUGGUUUGGUCAUGUGAAACGGCAGGAUGCUGACGCCCCUGUACGGAGAUGCGAGAGGAUUACGGUUAUCGGGGGAAGGGGUAGACCUAGGAAGAAUUGGAAGGAGAUUUCUCUAAACCCCACCCUCAAAUCCUCCAUUCCCCACCUCCCCAAUCUUCCCUUCAUCCCUUUCCUAAUAUUAUCGCUAACCAUUUCACGAUCGCCACUCUCCACUCUCUUCUCACGCAGGGUAUUGCCGAUCAUCCUCCGGUUUCUCUCCCGCAUUGCCACCUUGCAAAUGGCGGAAGACGGUGCCGUCACGGUCUACAGCGGCAGCGCUAUCACAGAUGCGAAGAAGAAUUCUCUGUCCAUCAAAGUCGGGAUCGCCCAAACCCUCCGCGGCGGUGCCAUUGUUGAGGUCACUACCGUCGAGCAGGCGAAGAUCGCCGAGUCAGCCGGAGCUUGCUGCGUGAUUGUCUCCUCUCCCGCCUCUCCCGGGAUUGGGCGGAUGCCAGAUCCCGCUAUCAUCAAGGAAAUCAAACGGGGCGUUUCAAUCCCUGUUAUGGCGAAGUCCAGGGUCGGGCAUUUCGUGGAGGCUCAAAUCCUAGAAAGCGUCGGAGUAGACUACAUAGAUGAGAGCGAGCUCCUGGCGAUCGCCGACGAGGAUCAUUUCAUCAACAAGCACAAUCUCAGAGUCCCCUUCGUUUGCGGCUCGCGAGAUCUGGGAGAGGCUUUGAGGCGAGUGAGAGAAGGGGCGGCCAUGAUCAGGACUCAAGGGGACCUCACAGGUUCAGGAAACAUAGCAGAGACCGUCGGGAGCGUGAGGAAAGUGAUGGGAGACAUUAGAGUCCUGAACAACAUGGAUGAAGAUGAGGUUUUCGCCUUCUCGAAGAAGAUCUCCGCUCCUUACGACAUUGUUGCGCAGACGAAGCAAAUGUCUAGGCUUCCAGUUGUCCAUUUCGCUUCAGGUGGGAUCACCACCCCUGCUGAUGCCGCUCUUUUGAUGCAGCUGGGCUGUGAUGGAGUCUUUCUGGGUCAAGAAGUGUUCAAUUCCACUGAUCCUUACAAGAAAGUGUGGGCAAUUGUGCAGGCAGUGAGAAACUACAAUGAUCCACACGUCCUGGCCCAGGCAAGCAGCGGGUUUUAGGGUCGAACGAUUGUGUUCUACACUUCCAGUAGAGGUUUUCUUCAUGAAAAUUGCAAUGAAAUAAUAUGAGUGUGUGCCCUUUGUGUAUGUUUAAUAUACAUGUUUCUGUCUUGUUGCUUAACAAAAAACAAAUUGCACUUGUUGCU